CAUGCCGACGAGUACGUGCGUAAUACCACCGCGCGUGCACUCCUCGUUGUCGCCUCAGCUCUCUGCAUCCCCUCCCUCUUGCCCUUCCUGAAGCUGAAGGCCGUUUGCAGAUGCAAGAGGCUGCAGUGCGACUGCAGCGUUAACGGAUAGGGACAGGACUAUCUGCCGCCAUACGAGUGUCCUGUCGCAGUGUGCAUAAGCACUUUUCGAGCCGCCUCCUGUCGACUUUCAC